AACACAUACGGGGAGUCAGUGACACGUCACUCGGGAGGAACUUCGAAAGCGAGAGAGAUUAUUAUAUCCAACCAUAGAAUGCCACGUUGCAAAGGGGACCAUAACUUCCGUGGACGGCAAGAAUAGGCGGUGUUGUAGCUACGGAAUCCCAAUUUAUCGGACUCGGACCCCUUCUCUCUCUCUCCAGAGCAUUUUGGGAAAUAGUUUUACAGUUAUUUCGAUUGAUUACUUUUUUCCAGGAGUUAUAUCGAUUGAAUCGGUAUCAAUUAUUUGUUGUAAUUACCGAAUCUAAUCCAAAUAUAAUCGCAACCGAUGCAACGGCUCGUUGACCAUACCCUCGCUGUCACCAAAGAGUCAGUUAAGACAGUGACUUAUGAGUCACUGAAUAAUGUUGUGAGAUUGAUUAAUGGAGUGUCAGCAUUAUUAUUGACGAUAUUGCCGGGGAAAUCUACCAUUCUUGAAGGCAUACAUGGUUGGGAGCUUCGUCCAACAUUUCGUGGACCUCGGCUUCCACAGUGGAUGGAGAAUGGUGCCUCUUCUUUUAACCAGUUCAUUCAUGAACUUUCUAUUGAUUCUGAUACCUCCUCGAGUGUAGAUUAUUCAUCAUCAUCAGAAGAUGAAUAUACUGAUAGUAACAUUUGUCCUCCAUCUCCACUGUCACAAAGUUCUCGGGUAUCUAGAGCUCGCAGUCUUUCAAGGCGGAGCAGGCACUGGAUGCAUUGGGUCAGAUACAUCAUUUCAUGGCUCCUAUUCCCAAUUAAAUUUAUGUUGGGCAUACCUUUGUAUCUCUAUGCUUUGGGUACGGGCAGCAGAGUCUCUCGGACAUCUGAGAGUUUCCAGUCUUCCCAUGAUCUCCAUUUAGCAAUUGAGAUCACCAUUGAGGCUGUUUUUGAAUUUGUUGACAAGGCAGCACACUGUCUUCUCUCACCAAUAGGCACCUUGAAGAAAGUGGUGAAGUGGUUUUAUUCUUAUAACAGCGGUCACGAGGAUGUUCCCUUUGUUGGUUCAGGUGUCUCUGUUCCUGUGGAUACCCUCGCGGAGAGUGAUCCUACUCCUAGAGAACGGAAGACAGGCUUUAAUUCCCUCAAUACAGAUGCUCGGACAUGUCAAGAUGUCAUUACAGAGCUUGGAUACCCAUAUGAAGCUCUUCGUGUGGUUACUGAUGAUGGAUAUAUUCUCCUUUUGGAGAGAAUUCCAAGACGUGAUGCUCGGAAGGUUGUUUAUCUACAACAUGGGGUUUUUGAUUCAUCCAUGGGUUGGGUAUCGAACGGAGUUGUUGGUUCCCCAGCAUUUGCAGCCUAUGAUCAAGGGUAUGAUGUUUUCCUAGGAAAUUUCCGUGGAUUGGUCUCAAGAGAGCAUGUUGACAAGAACAUAUCCUCACGCCAGUACUGGAAGUACUCCAUAAAUGAGCAUGGGACACAUGAUAUACCUGCAAUGAUAGAGAAGAUCCACAAAACAAAAGUUACUGAAUUGAAAAAUAGCCAAAAAGCUGUGGAGGAAGAGAGCGACAAUGAUCAGCCUUACAAACUUUGUGCAAUUUGCCAUAGUUUGGGAGGAGCUGCUAUUCUAAUGUACGUCCUAACGCGUCAAAUUGAGGAAAAGCCCCAUAGACUUUCAAGAUUAAUCUUACUAUCACCUGCUGGCUUUCAUCAUGAUUCCAAUCCUGUAUUCACAAUGAUGGAAUACUUAUUCCUACUAUUGUCUCCUCUACUUGCCCCCUUUGUGUCAGCUUUCUAUAUACCCACUCGUUUUUUCCGCAUGCUGCUUAACAAGUUGGCCCGAGAUUUCCACAACUUACCAGCAGUUGGAGGCCUUGUGCAAACUCUCAUAAGCUAUGGGGUUGGUGGAGACAGUUCAAAUUGGGUUGGAGUCUUAGGGUUGCCACACUACAAUAUGAAUGAUAUGCCAGCUGUUUCAUUCCGUGUGGCUCUUCAUUUGGCACAGAUCAAGCACACUCGGAAGUUUAUAAUGUUUGACUAUGGGAGUGCAGCUGCAAACAUGGAAGCUUAUGGUUCCCCUAAGCCUUUAGAUUUGGGGGAGUACUAUUCCUUUAUUGAUAUUCCUGUUGAUCUUGUUGCUGGGCGGAAGGACAAGGUCAUCAGGCCAUCCAUGGUAAGGAAACAUUAUAAGCUGAUGAAGGAUGCAGGUGUGGAGGUGUCAUAUAAUGAGUUUGAGUAUGCUCAUUUGGAUUUUACAUUUUCUCAUCAUGAAGAACUAUUGGCCUAUGUUAUGUCUCGAUUAUUGUUAGUAGGUGCUUCUAUGAAGCAGCAACUUGGGCAAAGAUUGUUAAAGCUGAGGAGAAAAGAGGGGGAAGCCAGCAGCAAUUAAAGUGUACACACUGCUAGAGCCUGACACCUUUGAUGUUUUGGAUGCUCCAAGUUAUUUGGUGUUCCAUGUAAUACAUGUAUGUUACAUAUACAGAAAAUAUAGAGAAUACGGGGUCAUGAAAGUGUACCAGUGAGAACGUUGGCUCCUUUGUACAUUCCCGCAUAUUUUUCCAAGGGGAUAGAAUUGUGUUGGAUGGUGUAGUGUAAGAGAUUUAGGUGUGGUUUUGUGAAUAUUGCUGUAUGUAUGUUGUAAGAUUGUGACAUGUUGAAGCUUCAAUGAAACAGUCGUUUACCUCUU